AUGGAAGUGCUUAAGAAACGGAAGCGGAAGCGGAAGCUCCGGCUUCAGAAUGUCUCAAUUGGAGUUCAAGAAAUAAUACAUUUUCCAGAGUGUGUUAAGGCUGCAGGUUCACCUGUUAAGUUUCUUCCAGGCUUUCAAGGACCACUUCCUUUUGAACUUGAAACUGGGUACAUAGGAGUGGGUGAUUCAGAUGAUGUUCAACUAUUCUACUACUUCGUUAAGUCUGAGUCUAAUCCAAAAUCAGACCCUCUUAUUUUAUGGCUAACUGGAGGCCCUGGCUGCUCUGCUUUAUCUGGCCUUCUCUUUGAGAUAGGUCCAAUAACAUUUGAGCCUGUGGAGUACGGUGACUUUAAGCCAGCGGAAUAUAAUGGUAGCUUCCCCUCACUGGUUUUGAAUCCUCAUACAUGGACAAAGGUAGCAAGCUUUAUAUUCUUGGAUCUUCCAGUUUGUACUGGAUUUUCCUAUGCAAGAACCUCAGUGGCUCGUCAAUCAGAUGAUCUACUAGCUAGUGAUCAUGCAUAUCAAUUUCUACACAAGUGGUUCAAUGAUCACCCAGAAUUCUUUAGAAAUCCAUUUUAUGUGGCUGGGGACUCCUAUGCGGGAAUAGGCAUACCAAUCAUUUCUCAACUCAUAGCAAAUGGAAAUGAGAAGGGACUUGAGCCAUUUAUUGAUCUUAAGGGAUAUUUACUGGGCAAUCCAGCUACAUUUCAUGGUGAAUACAAUUACAAGAUCUCAUAUGCUCAUGGAGUGGGUCUUAUUUCUGAUGAACUUUUUGAGUCCUUGAAGCAAAACUGUAAAGGAGAGUAUUUCGAUAUACAUCCUAGCAACACAAAAUGUUGGAAUGAUAUGCAGACUUAUGAUCAGAUGCUUGGUGGAAUUACCAAUGCGCACAUUUUGGAGCCCAAGUGUGAGUUUGGUUCACCAAGGCCACAAAAAUGGAUAGGCCAAAGAAGGUCUCUUGAUGAAAUGCUAUAUCUUGGACGACUAAGAUGUCGAUUUGACUGGGAAAAGAUGUCUUACCAUUGGGCUGAUGAUGACAAAGUUAGAGAGGCCCUCCAUGUUCGAAGAGGUAGUAUAGGUAAAUGGAAGCGAUGUGCUGGGGAUGCCUUGCCUUACCAAAAGAUAAUCGGAAACAGUAUUCCAUAUCAUGCAAAUCUGAGUGUCAAAGGCUAUAGGUCCUUAAUAUACAGUGGAGAUCAUGACACGAUGAUCCCUUACACAUCAACCGAAGCUUGGAUAAGAUCUCUUAACUACUCCAUCGUUGAUGAUUGGCGACCAUGGAUUGUUGAUGGUCAAGUUGCCGGGUAUACAAGGACAUAUUCAAAUAAAAUGACAUUUGCCACAGUGAAGGGAGGAGGACAUACAGCUCCAGAGUACAAGCCUGUUGAAUGUCUAGCCAUGCUGCGAAGAUGGUUAUCUUAUCAGCCUCUGUGAUCAAAGUAGCUGAUAAAUAUCAAACGUUGAAACUGUUAAGUAGUUACAUGUCUAGAUAGAAGUGUUAAAAGGUUUGCUAAUACGCAAACACGACCGACAGUUUCUUGGUUGAACUAGAGCAGGUCCAUCAUAUUACGAGUAUCUUAAAAGCUAAAUUUUAAUAAGAGGCCUUAAUAUAUACAAUAAUGCUUCUGUUAUUGGCUUGCAUAACUUAUUCAAUAUAUGAUAUAUGUACUAUAUUUUAUUUUUGUUCA